AUGUCAAUUCCUAGGAUUUUUCUCAUCACAAACCUCACUGUUGCCCUAGCAAUGGCAAUGGUUGCAAUCAUUGUACCUCAAGCAGAGUCAGCUCGUGCUUUCUUUGUGUUCGGUGACUCACUUGUUGACAGUGGCAACAACAAUUACUUGGCCACUACGGCUCGUGCUGAUUCUCCUCCUUAUGGCAUUGAUUAUCCAACCCACAGACCAACAGGCCGUUUCUCUAAUGGUUUCAACUUCCCUGAUAUUAUUAGUCAGUCAAUGGGUUUAGAGCCAACAAUGCCCAUCUUAAGUCCUGAACUCAAUGGACAAAGACUACUUAAUGGUGCCAACUUCGCUUCUGCCGGAAUUGGAAUCCUCAAUGACACCGGAAUUCAAUUUGCCAACAUAUUAAGAAUGUUCAGGCAAUUUCAGCUGUUUGAACAAUACCAGCAACGAGUCAGUGCCAUCAUAGGACCAGAGCAGACACAGCAGUUAGUGAAUGAUGCUCUAGUCCUCGUAACACUUGGUGGUAAUGACUUCGUUAACAACUAUUUUUUGACACCAUUCUCCCCAAGAAGGAGACAAUUCUCCCUCCCCGAUUAUUGCCGGUAUCUUGUCUCGGAGUACAGGAACAUUCUCAUGAGGCUAUAUGAAUUGGGGGGCAGAAGGAUCCUAGUGACUGGAACUGGACCAUUGGGUUGUGUUCCUGCAGAGUUAGCCAUGUCUGGAAGCAGGAAUGGGGAAUGUGCACCGGAGCCACAAAGAGCUUCUCAGAUAUUCAAUCCUCUGCUAUUCCAAAUGCUUCAAGGGCUCAACAGCGAAUUAGGCUCUGAUGUUUUCGUUAGCGCUAAUGCAUUUGCAAUGAACGCGGACUUGAUCAACAAUCCCCAAAAAUUUGGCUUUGUUACAUCAAAGAUGGCGUGCUGUGGGCAAGGCCUCUACAAUGGACUCGGAUUCUGCACAGCAUUUUCAAACCUGUGCCCCAACAGGAACCUCUAUGUGUUCUGGGAUCCUUUCCAUCCAACCGAGAGGGCUAACAGGAUACUUGUGCAGCAGCUGAUGACAGGGACUACCGAGUACAUGAACCCCAUGAACCUUAGCACCAUCAUGGCCAUAGAUGCCAAGUCCUAG